AUGGAGCAAAUUCCAUCAUUUUAUUCAUUUAAUAUCAAGCCAAAUGAAAAAUACAACGUUGUUGCACCAGUAGAUACAAGCUUUUCAGCUUCCACAAUUUCUAUUCUUCCAGAUGAAAAUACUCCAGAAAAUGGCAGAAUUGUUCUCUGGGUCGAUGCUCCAGUAGCUAGCAAAGAGCAAAUUCAAUCUGUAGCUGUUGCUUCUCUUCGUGUUGGAACAGCUGAAGUCGUUAAAGUCGAUUUUGUUGUUGAUUGCCUCACUCCAAUUACUUUUUACACAAAGGGCGACAAUAUCACAGUUACAGUAUCAGGCUAUGCAACUGGCUUUGAUCCAUUGCAAGUCACUAAAGUAGAAGAGAAGAAAGAAUAA